AUGUCAUCCUUGAGUAAACCAGGUCGCACCAUAUUAGCUUCUUCCAUCGCUAAAGUGUACACUGAUGAAAUAGUUUCAAAAAUUGCAGAUUUGAAGGAGGAGAGGCCCAACGGACCACUAUUAGUUGGAUUUCUAGCCAACAAUGAUCCUGCUGCGGAGAUGUAUGCUACAUGGACACAGAAAACAUCUGAAUCCCUGGGAAUAAGGUAUGAGUUACGAAGAUUCGAAGAUAAGGACCUUCUAGAGGAAAGCAUAAUUGAAGCUAAUAAUGAAGAUUCUGUAGAUGGGAUAAUGAUUUACUUCCCAGUGUUUGGUAACGCACAGGAUCAGUAUCUGCAACAAAUAGUGAGCAAAGAAAAAGAUGUUGAAGGGUUGAAUCAUGUUUAUUAUCAAAAUCUCUACCAUAACGUCAGAUACCUUGAUGAUGCAAAACAACUCAAGUCUAUUCUACCUUGCACGCCACUGGCAAUCGUCAAGAUUCUCGAAUAUUUGAAAAUUUAUAACAGCUUACUACCAUACGGGAACCAUCUAUAUGGGAAGAAAUGUAUGGUUAUAAACAGAUCUGAAAUUGUGGGGAGACCGUUAGCAGCUUUGCUUGCUAAUGACGGAGCCAUUGUCUACUCUAUUGACAUAAAUAACAUCCAAAAAUUUACUAGAGGUGAGAGCAUACAGUAUUCAAGACAUCACGUCGAAGAUUUGGGUGAUUUUACUCAAAACAAAUUGAAAUCACUUGCCCAGGAAUGCGACGUAAUUAUCACUGGCGUUCCCUCCGAAUCAUACAAAUUCCCAACAGAGUACGUGAGAGAUGGUGCCUGCUGCAUAAACUUCUCAUCCUUCAAGAAUUUCAACGAUGAAGUAAAGAACAAGGCUUCGCUAUACGUGCCCAUGACCGGGAAAGUGACCAUCGCCAUGCUUCUAAGAAACAUGCUGAGGCUCAUAGAAAACAGAGAGAAAUUGAACCAAGAAACGCCUUCCAACUGA